AUGACCUCUAUAAACCAUCCUAAUAACUUGUGCCUUGUCACCCUUCCCUUCCCUUCUUCCACCUCUUGCCACUGCCCUGACCAUGUGCCUCCUAGGGAGCUUGACAAGAAAUUUGAUGAAAAUAAAAAGUGCGAAAUAACCUCAAAUAACAAUCCUACUAACAUCCUUACUAACCUCUGCACUGGCCUCGAAACCUUCCUCGGCUUUAACCCUGAGACAAAAGGCUACGACGGCAGUGGCAUUGUGUACUCUGACCUUGACAGGCUGUGUGAUGCAGUGAUGGGAUUUUUGAGUGGUGUUCUCAGUAACAUCAAAGACCAUUUAGGGCAGCAUAAAGAUACUUUAGAAGAUGCAAUUGACACUCUUAACACCAAUAAACACGCCGGUAAAAAAGGUUUUAGUGUUGCGAUUGUAAAGGUGGUCGAAGGGGUGGGGAGGUAUAAUAAGGCAGUUAAAAAGUCAAAUGAUCAAGUUAAAAACAUCGUCACAGAUCUACAAGGCUACACUGAAAAUGGAGGUAAGUUACGUGUUUAUCUUAAUACUUUGCAGAAUCUGGAGAGCUCUUCACAUGAAGAUGUUAACAAGGCCAAGCAGCAAGUGGAAGAGAAGCUGCAAGAAUCCCAACGGGAAGCGAGAAACUUCACUGACGCAUUAGAUACAACAAAUACUAAAAAUCUUAAUGUAGACGCCAUUAAUGAUCUUAAUGAUAAAGUAAAACAGAAACUUGCUAACGUGCGUAGUACUGUGAUGUAUGAAAACGGGCGGUUGGAGGCGGUCAAGGCGCACGCAGAGGGGGAGUUGGCAGAGACGAUAAAAAAAGUUGGUGAAGCGUUAAGGGCUUUGAAAGUAAGUGUAGAUUGUAAUAUAAGUGAACAAGUGACAUUGCUGGUUAAUGAUUUGAAAACAAGGGUAGAGAAGAUUUUGCAACUCUUGAAGACCAUUCAUAGUAUGCUGAUCGCUUACGUUCAAGAGGUGGGUGAGUGGAUUACCAAGGCAGAACCAGCCGUUCACGCAGCGUUGGAGAAAGUGGAACAAAUAAUUAGGGAAGCGAAUGCAGGUGACCAGAGCAAACAACCGGCGCAGAUUAUAGCGGUGGCCGACCAGUUGAAAGUGCAGGCUGACUUACUGUAUGCAUCUGGUACUGCGGCGAAGGAGAGAGUUAUUGCGGAAGUGAAAACAGCGCUUGAGGCUGUGAGAAAAAUGGAUGGGGAAUUGAAGGAGGAUUUGUAUGGAGUUAAGAAAGCAGUAGAGGGGCAGGUUACUAAAAUUAAGGAGGCGAUCGGACAAGUGUACAAUAAUGUAACCGGCAAGCAAGGUCCAGUAGGAGAGGAGAAUAAGAGUAUCGAAAAGGUGAUAGAACACAUUAAAGAAAAGAUAUACAAUAUUGAGGGGCAUGUUGGUGAACCGAUUAACGGUGGAGGACCUCUGGCUGGGACGGAUGAGAGUAUAUAUAAGAAUUGGGGUGCUCUAAAAAGUAAAAUAAUGACGGCGGUCAAUGAAAUUUAUAAUAAGGAAAAAAGCAAAAAUAGUAGUUACCUUGGCAAAAUUCAGUACGGUGUGGCGGUGUAUGCUGCUUUGUUUAAAGAUACGAAAGGAGGUAAUGGGUACGACAAGACACUUGGUGAAUGGGUGACAGCAAUUGUUGCGACGGAAGCAGUUAAAGGUUGGAUUGACAAGUAUGUUGAGGAAAACAAGGGCAGCGGUUACUUUAGUGGUACCUUGAAAAGUGGAGGGCAUGAAGGAAUUCGUAAUCGUGUUACACCUAUGUUUAAGGUUAAUAUUACAGAAAAAAUUCAAGAGAUCAAGCCAGAUACGUUUGCCUCUAAGAACACUGUGGAAGAGAAGCUGUCUUAUGUUAAAGAAUAUCUCACUAAGUUCUCGAAUGAUGUAAUGAGCAAGGAAGAUGAGAUAAUAAAGGCGAUUGAAGGUCAAAUAAAACACGAUCAUGAUUUGGUUUCGUAUGUUAAAGGUGGAGCUUAUAAACCCUUCUAUCUUAAACACGCCGUUCGAGCCAUCCUUUAUGGUCUGAAAUACGCUGCAGAAAAACUUGCUGAACAGCUUGACAAAUUUGCAAUUACGAAUACAGAUCUUCACACCAAUUUGGCAGCGUCUAUUGCAAACGUGGAAUUAAUCGGCCAACAAUUCGACGCUGAGAAAUCCUUCGGCGCUAAAAUUGAUGGAGCACUGAAGAGCGUUAAACUAGAAAUUAACCAGCUGCAUGGUCAGCUUAACUCCGCUGUAGACGAUAGCGCCAGAGGCGCCUCUAGCGCUAGCAAUGCCAAAGCCGUCGACGACGCCAUAUCAGAAAUGAACAACGUGGCUGAUAAGCAAAUCGGGACGACCCCGCUGGUAGGUGGAGGCACAUCAGGUGAAAGAAUCUCAUCGCUCGGUGUGGACGGCUUUGUGAAAUAUAAACUGCAAGUUAUCCCAGAUAGCGUAUCUGCGGCAGAAAGUGACCCAGAACCUCUCAAGGGCACCCUCCCAGCUGCCAUCAAAAAGAUCCGUGAUCAAGUUAAUGAGUCCUUACAAAACAUUGACGAUCACAUCGGUGAAGCUGCACUGAAGCUGGUUGAUGUCACGAACGGCAUCAGCAAGCUGUGCGGAGACAUCACGUAUGCCGCCCAAACUGAUCCGAGUAGCGCUAGAACAAAAUUGUUGGAGUUGAAAAACACAUACUUUGCAGAUUCCACGGCUGCCAAAAACAGCAUUAAUAAGAUUCAUACACAGCUCAGCAGACUACAGAAAGAUCAAGUGGCGAAUGCCAUCAAAGAGGCGCAGACAUUACUUGGACAUGCCGGUCCGGCCGGUGACGCAACAAUCCGGGUAUUGGAAAAGCAGGUAAAACACGACGUGGAUAUUGCUCAGCAGACUUUGACCACCCACGCCCGCAAGCAGUAUGUAAACUUGCUGAAGUUUGCGCUCCAGAAGUUCGCGGAGAAAAUCACGACCGAACUGCAACCUCUGCAAAACGCGAUCUCAGACGACCUGGAACACGGGCACAAGAAAUUCAUGAAUAUAUUCGCUGACACUGUCCUGGAUAAAACCAAAGACAUCGACGCCAUUGACACCACUUCCUCUAAGAAGGAGCGUUAUCCGCUGAGCAAGGCGGCCGAUAUAUGCAAGGACGCGGUCAAAGGUUUUUUCGGCACUCUUCAAAAACAUAACGAUUUCACGUCCGACGUUGAUAAAGUAUCCCCGUCCACAAGUUCACUCAGGACAUUGUUUAGUAAACUGCAUCACGCUAAACAUUUCAACAAAGAAUUCAGCGACAACUUAGAGUCACUUGCCAACGAGCUCCGCGGACUCAACCCUAAAGCGUACGGGGAGGGCAACAACCCUUGGCUUUUCGAGUCGCUUAAGAAGGGCCUGUCACUUUUGGUCGAGGAGUUUGGCAAAACAUACAUAUCGACGUACUCGCAAGAAACCAUCGAGUGGGAACAGGGCACAGCUGACGAGAAGCUGAAGUAUGCCAAAGUGCUCUUCACGAUGGCGCCCUUCAUAUAUCAUGAGUUGACUGAGCUCAAAGAAGGCCUGGAGAGGAAAGAUGACAAAUGGAAUCUACAUGGCAUAUAUAAUACAUCAGACGCUAAUCAGAACUUGCACGCCCUUUUCUUCCGUGAGAACGGUUACGAUGUUGGUCUACCUGACGAUGCCGCGCACGGCGCACUUAACCACAGGGAGACGUUGAAAGGUAGUACCAUCCUGCGCUAUCUUACUGCUGACAAAUAUCAGCUGUUCAAGCAGACCGCCACUGCCUUGUCAUCAUCUGGUGACAAUGAAGGUGGACUGACAGUGCAGUUGGAAGAGGAGAACGGUGUGAUCAGGAGAUUGUACGAUUGCCUGCAUACGUACUCGAAAGUCUGCCACUUGAUUAUCCACCCGAAAACUAGACCACCGUGCUCCGUUUACGAAAUUCUCGUCUGGUGCUGCGGCCUGCAGUUCAACCCCGUGUACGGCAAGCUGAAGGCGCACAUUGAAUCUGAGUUCAUGAAGGACGACAAGCAACGGCCGGGUACUAAAACGCUGCAGCCCUUCGAUGCGCACCCAUAUCCAGUCAAGUACACUGACGUUGUCGACGAGCUCUACAAUGUGUCUGCCCACUCCCACGCCGUCCUCACCGCUAUCCUAGGCCACGGUCACAAGGACGGAAUCUACGCGUGUGAUUUCUCCAGCAACUCGCUGAAGUUAGACUACCCUAGCAACAUGAUUCAACUGCUGUGUACGUUGUUCGACCAGCUCAAGCGCCUCUACCACCAGCUGUACUUCCUGCUGCAGCAGUGUAGGCACAACGCACAGCUCAGCGGCUGGAAGGACUGUCACUACGGCAAGUACAUCGGUGGGUCGGGCUGGCAGUGCAACACAAAGCAAUGCCCUAAGCAAGACUGCGACCAAAGGCACGACCAAAGUGGCAACCAAAGGAAUGAGCAAUAUCCCAACUGCGGCGUCAAGUCGCCACUGCAAUCGUUCUUGGAGGACGGUUUGAAAGGCCACCUGCCGCAUUCGGUGUCAGCUAGGGGAUCCAGUCUGUCAUGUGGCACGUGUGGUAGCACACCUGGUAUGCCGUGCAGAACGCCAAUGGGCUUCGCUGACAUCAGUGCCAUUGCGUCGCAUACGAUGAUGGGCCGGAAUAUAUGCGAGGUGCUUUACUAUUUCUGUGGGAGUGCAAAAUCUCCUCUUACUAAACUGUGCGGUUACUUGAACUGCCUUCUGCCUAGUGCGCCGAAAACGCUGGCGGACAUGUUCAGCUUCUACUAUCAUCUCACCGAUCGCUGGGGUAUGCAUGGUCAAGAGCAUAAGAAAGAUGCAUUUGACGAGCAAGUUAAAGCUGCCAAUUUCGGACGUCAGUAUACUGCGUUGAACGUCUACCACUUAUUUACCCCUAGUCACUCAGCAUUGAAGAAAGGCCACUCCGAUGGCAGCCUGGGCAGUCUCGUAUGCUUAUCACGGGACGCCGUCGUAUGCGGUCCUUAUCUGCGGCCCAUCAGUCACGCCAUCUACGAGACGUUCUCGUCAAAACACGCCGAUAAGUAUUUGUCGUGGAUCGUUUACCUGACGGCAUCGUUCUACGAUCUGCUUAAGAAAUUGUAUGAUGAGUGCAAUUCCAAAUGCGGUUCCAGGGGAUCGAAUUGCCACGUGAAAGCGUGCGUCAAGGAGUGUCCUACUACAUCCAAACAAGAUCCGCCACGAUAUCACGAUACCAAAUGCAAAUCCAUUGUAAGCUGCAAUGCUACGCUGCCAACAUUGGCAAAAUACGGAUUCGUUUUCGGCAACCCAGAAAAGCUAGACGGAAGUGAACGAUCGCAAACGAAACGCACGUGCAGAGAUCUCUGUACAGUAUUUGCGGAGGCAUUUGAGGAAGACUCACAUCUUGUGAAGUUUUUCAAAGCCAUUGAUAAUUUCAUAUUCACCAUCAGAGAGCCGUUUAUAUGGCUCAACGUCGCACUCUGGCUCCUCUCUUUCCUCUACCUCACCCACAUCAUGGUCAUCCGCCUCGACCUGCUCCACAUCAAAUCGCACUUACAUAGUCCCUCAUCACAUCGCAUCGCUGCUCAAUCACUACUCGCUGCCGCACGUGUUAACAAACUUAACAGAGUGUUUUACCUGCAACCAUAA